UAAGAGAGCAUAGAAAAUAAAUGCAGAAACCCUAGAAAGGAUUGCAGGACUUUAUAGGUUCUUCUUCAAGCAUCACAUCAUCAUCUUCCUACCUAUAAAACCAAGUCUUCAAUCCCUUCCCACAACCAUCACCAACACAAAAAAGUUUUCAAUCUUGCAAAGCCAUGGGAAGAGCUCCAUGCUGCGACAAAGCCAACGUGAAGAAGGGGCCGUGGUCUCCUGAGGAAGACGCGAAGCUCAAAGCCUACAUCGAGAAAUAUGGCACCGGUGGAAACUGGAUCGCGCUUCCUCAGAAAAUCGGGCUGAAGAGAUGUGGGAAGAGCUGCAGAUUGCGAUGGCUGAAUUACUUGAGGUCUAACAUCAAACACGGCGGAUUCACCGAGGAAGAAGACAACAUCAUCUGCAGCCUCUAUAUCAGCAUCGGAAGCAGAUGGUCCAUAAUUGCUGCACAGCUCCCGGGGAGAACAGACAAUGACAUCAAGAACUACUGGAACACGAAGCUGAAGAAAAAACUGCUGGGGCGGCGCAAGCAAGCGAGCGCGAGGCAGGAGACGAGAGAUGUGAAUGGAGACGAUGGCUUGCAGAAUCUAAGCAAUUCAGCCAUGGAGAGGCUUCAGCUUCACAUGCAGCUUCAAAACCCUUUCUCCCUCUUCCACAAUCCAUCCCUCUGGCCUAAGCUAAAUCCUCAAAAUCACAAUCACAAUCAGGACCAAGACGCUCUGGUCGCCUCUGAUCAAAAUUAUAUCAAAGGCGAUGAGGUUCGUGAGAUUAGUUGUGUCAAAGGCGAUGAGGUUCGUGAGAUUAGUUGUGUCAAUCACAAUCAAGACCAAGGAAGUGGUCUCGUUGAGAAUAAUGGGGGGAUGCAUUUGAAUGGAUCGGGGUUUACUAAUGCUGAACUCGACGAUCUUCUGAACGAUGGAUCGUCGAGUUUUCUUGGGGAGGAGGGGGACGGGUCGAAGGGGAAUCAGGCGUGGUGGCCGAAUGAGUUUGACGCGGCCGGGUCCGGGUUCAACCCGUGGGGGUCGGCGGGUUUUGUUCAUGAUCAGACUGCUGGGAAUUUUCAAGAUUAUUCCGCCAUUGGCUAUAAUAUGGAUUAGUGUACUUAUUAUAUAUAGGAGUUUAAUUAUCAUUUGUUAUUGUUAUAUUGUCAUAAACGAUCGAGGGAGAAGUGGGAUGGCUCAUGUUGUAAAGUGGGUUGAUAAUAAUGUUGUGUUCAUUUUGUUAUUGGAAAUUUAUAUUUCAUGACUUUA